CAUAAAAACAUUCUUAACUUGUUCAUCGAGUAGAAAACUUACAACAAACAAUUUUUAUAACAGUUUUAAUUAUUUUACUAAAAAAUUUUUUUUAAAAUGAACUUCUCAAAAGUAUUUGUAUUUACCUUAGUUGUUUUAAUGGCUGUUUUCGGUCAAUCACAAGCUGGAUGGUGGAAGAAAACUUUUAAACCUGUUGAAAAAUUGGGCCAAAGAGUACGUGACGCAACUAUUCAAACAAUUGGAAUUGCACAAGCAGCGGCUAAUGUUGCAGCAACUGCACGAGGAUAAAGAUGAACAAAUUAAAUAAAAAAAAACCCAUUAGACUAUUCAAGAUACUCGUAUUUAAAUGUUAUUUGUUAUUUAUUUAAUUUAAAAUAAAUUUUUGUAA